CGUGAUCAUUUGCGAGAGCAACAUAUAUAAAGGGGAGCAAUUCAGGGUUUCCUUAACCCUUCUUUUUCCCUUCUACUUCUCUUGUGCGGGAAAAGAAAAUUGUACGUCGUUUGGUUGUAUACCACUUGGCUUCGCGUGAAGGGUUACUUUUCAUUCGGGCAUCCAUGCAGUCUUCAGCCUUGUUGAAAGGGGAAGAAGAGCAAGUGAUGCAAAGUAGUUCUCAAGGUGAAAGCUUGAUACGAGUGGUGUUUUCUUGGUCCAUUCAGGAUGUACUCAACAGAGACCUUUGCAAAGAGAAGGUGAAGAAAAUCCCAAAGGAGUUCUUGUCAACAUCUCAUUAUGUGAACUCAUUUGUUUUCCCUCUAAUCGAGGAAACACAUGCUGACUUGUAUUCAAGCUUGACAAUGGUGUCAAAGGCAUCAACAGUUGAAAUACUAGCGAUUAGUAUCACUGAAGGCUACAAUCCUCCCUAUGACUUGCUCUAUAAUAUCGAAAUGCAAAAACUCGGAGUUUCUGGGAAUGAUAGGGAAAUGUAUGAACCAGAGACCGGGGAUCUCAUAGCUUUGACAGAUAUAAGGCCGACAUGCAUUGAUGAUUUGAACAGGCACAACGGAUCCUAUCUUAUUGCUUUAGUUCAAAAGGCGAGAAAGAAUAUUAGAGAUGAAAGUUUUGAUGAGAUUCAAAUAUUAUCAUCAAAGCCCAUUGAAUUUGAACAAAACAUCCAAAAGAAUAAGAAAAGAACAAUUCGUUUUGCUGUUUUUCUUAUAAACAUGACAACAAAUCUUCGUAUAUGGAAAGCACUGAAAUCAGGGCUAGGUGACAAAGACAUGAACAUUAUCAAGAAAGUGCUGCAAGCUGAUUCCACUGUGGGGGAAAAUUGUACUGUUUGUUUCCCAAGAGAAAAAUACAGCAUUGAUGUGUCCUCUCUAGGUGCUGUUAUUCGCUCAUUUAGUUUAAACAAUUCCCAAGAAGAGGUAGUUCUAAACUGUAUAGCUGCACGGGAAUGCUAUCACAAGAAUAUAGUGAAACUAAUAUGGGGCCCUCCUGGGACUGGGAAAACAAAGACUGUAGGUUCAUUAUUAUAUGCCCUUCUAAAGAGGAACUGCAGAACGCUUACUUGUGCUCCUACUAAUGUGGCUGUAUUGGAAGUGACAACACGGUUUUUGAGGUUAGUAAUGGAUUCCUUUGAAUAUAACACUUAUGGUCUUGGAGAUAUAGUUUUGUUUGGGAAUGGAGAGCGGAUGAAGAUUGAUGAUCGGGAUGACCUUCUUGAUGUAUUCCUUGAUUACCGUGCACAUAUUCUUUCUGAAUGUUUUGCACCACUUUCUGGGUGGAGACAUUGCUUACAGUCUAUGAUAUGCUUGCUUGAAGACCCUGAACAGCUAUACCAUGAUUACUUGAAAAUCCAAGAAAAGGAUGAUGAGAUAGACGAUCAUGAUAACAUUGAGGUGCAGGGGGAAGGAUUACUUGGAGAUGGAAACCUGCAGAGUAAUAAAAGAAAAGAGGACAUAAAUGCUCAAGAUCUGAAAAACCCGAACCAGAGUAUUUGGAGGAGAAUUAUUACUCAAACCUUAAAAGAAAAUAAGAGCAAGAAGAAAUGGAAGGAUAAGGUGCAAUGUCAUAUGGAUAACCAAUCGAAAUAUGUAAAAACAGAGAAGGGUUUUCCUUCUGAAGAUGGUGAAAUUAAAAAACUGACUUUUUUAGACUUCAUCAAGCAGAAAUACAAUUUCCUCAGAAAGAAGAUGGUGACAUUUAUUGUUAAUAUGUAUACCCAUUUGCCAACUUGUUUCAUUUCAUUACAAGUAGUGAGAAAAAUGAUCAAAUUGCUUGGUUGGCUUGAAUGCCUUGCAACUAUGUUAAGAAGUGUUUCUGUUACUGAUUUAAAAGAAGCCCUUUCUGCAUCUGGUGAUAAAGGAAACACAGUUAGUGGCUAUACUGGGAACUUUAAGCUUUGUAUGACCGUAAGGGAGUGCCUUCAAAUACUUUUGUCACUUCGUGAUACAUUUUCUCUUCCGGAUUUCUUCCAUGAGUAUGCAAUUAAACGUUUUUGUCUGAGAAAUGCCCGCAUGCUUUUUUGCACAGCUUCAAGCUCAGCUAAAUUGCACGAGGAAGCUAUUGAUAGACUGGAAAUGUUAGUUAUUGAUGAAGCUGCCCAGCUCAAGGAAUGUGAAUCAAUUAUCCCUUUACAACUCCCUGGUCUCCACCAUAUCGUAUUAAUAGGGGAUGAGUGCCAGUUGCCUGCAAUGGUCAGAAGCAAGAUUUCUGAGAAGGCGGGAUUUGGAAGAAGUUUGUUUGAGAGGCUGGUUUUAUUGGGCCACCAAAAGUGCCUUCUGAAUGUUCAAUAUAGGAUGCAUCCAUCGAUAAGCUUGUUUCCAAAUAAGGAGUUUUAUAACAACCAGAUUUUGGAUUCUCCAAUUGUCAAAGAAAGAAGCUACGAGAAGUGUUUCCUUCCAGGAAAUAUGUAUGGUGCUUACUCUUUUAUGAACGUUGCUUAUGGACAAGAUGAAUUUGAUGAUGGGCACAGUAGAAAAAAUAUGGUGGAGGUAGCUGUGAUUGAUAAGAUGGUUGCAAACCUUUUCAAAGAAUCUAUUGCCAAAAAACAGAGAGUUAGUGUUGGUGUUAUAUCACCAUACAAGGCUCAAGUUUUUGCCAUUCAAGAGAAGCUUGAAAAGACAUACAGUAUGGCAGCCGAAAAUGAUUUUUCUGUGAGCAUUCGCUCCGUUGAUGGUUUUCAAGGGGGUGAGGAAGAUGUGAUAAUAAUCUCCACUGUCAGAAGCAAUGAGAUUGGGUCUGUGGGAUUUCUUUCCAAUCCUCAGAGAACUAAUGUGGCCCUGACUCGAGCAAGGUAUUGCCUUUGGAUAGUGGGGAAUGAAGUCACAUUAGUCAACAGUGACUCUGUUUGGGAAAGAUUAGUUAUUGAUGCCAAGGCUAGGGGAUGUUUCCAUAAUGCUGAUGAGGAUGAGAGCUUGGCUGAGGCUAUUACAGCUUCCUUGGUUGAGCUCGAUCAAGUUGGCAAUUUAUUGAAUAUGAAUUCUCUACUAUUCAGAAAAGCGAAGUGGAAGGUUUUCUUUGACGAUGCCUUUUUGAAAUCCUUGGCAAGGAUUAAGAGCACCGAAGUUCGUAAGGAAGUACUUUCUCUGCUGAUGCAGCUGUCAAGUGGUUGGCGGCAGCCUUGCAGGGAGAUAAACAUCAAUGUCAGAAAUGACACUUGUCAACUAUUGGAGCUGUAUAAGGUCAAUGUGCUGCUCUAUCUUGUGUGGACUGUGGACAUUGUUGAGGAAAAUUUGAAGUACAUCCAGGCUUUGAAGAUUUGGGAUGUUGUGCCAUUCUCAGAGAUACCAAAGUUAGAAAAGAAUAUUGACAUCUUCUACGGGGAAUAUUCAAUGGACAUCAUGAAUUGCUGCAAAUUCAGACAUUUUGAUGGGAAUUUUCAAGUUCCGGUUUCAUGGUCAGUUGAUCGAAAUGUUCCAAGGAAGAGUAAUCCACUCAAAGCUGAUCCUAUGCAGUUAUUAGUUGACCAAUUGGCUUUACUAACCUUGAAGGAUGAAUGAAUCAGAAGCAUCAGCCACAUGUUACAGGUGCCUAUACCAGAUUUUAAUUUUGAGGUGUUGGUUGGCAUCACAAUGAGUAUCCAUGCUUUUGGGAAAAAAUUUAUGGAAGUGUGAUCCAUGUUUUGGUAAUUUCAAUGUGUAUCCUGGAUGGUUUCACCAAAUUAAAAGAAGCAACUACUACUUUGCCUUUACAUGUGGCGAAGAAAAAUCGAAGCAUGCAUAAUACAUAUAUACAACUACAUUGUAGGCUGUGUUUGGUCCAUGUUUAUAUAUGAGUGAAAAGAUACUUCUGUAUAGAGCCUCUUGAUGUUAUCAAGUAUUCAGGCACACUGACACGGUCCUUGGACAGUGUGGGUCUUACUUCAAACCCUACCAUGUUAAUUCCGCCCAAUUGAUUGGAAGACAAGUUGAUUUUUUUUUGUCACAUUAUUUUAUAUAAGAAGAGGUUGAUUACUGGACAAUUUGUUCUAAAGAGAAAAUUAGU